UUAUUGUUUAAUAUAUUGCAGGCAGUACAAGUAGGAGAAUUAAAAACAAUACAAUAAUCAUCAUAACAUCAUGAUUACCAUUAUUAAGUACUAGAAUUGGUCAUAUAUUUUGAUCUAAACAACUCUUCCCCUUCAACUUCAUUACCUGAACCACAAAACAUCUCUGCAGUCUUGCAGAAUUAUUGUUAAAUGUAUCAGAACUUUGCACUUUCUGUCAUCUUCUUCUUCGUCGUCAUCUUCCUGAUAUCAUCGGCAUCAGCCGAUGAAAGAUACGACAGUUGCCCUCCUGGCAAAUCAUCAUGUGGGUUCCAACUGAAAUAUCCUUUCUGGGAUGGGAAACUGCCAGAUUACUGCGGUCAUCCGACCUUCAAGCUAGACUGUGACAACAAUAAUUUAACAAUCAAUAUUGAUAAUCAGGCUUACAAAAUCCUCGACAUCAACUAUGUUGAUAAGGUGUUCACCCUUGCAAAGCCACCGCUGUUAAGAGGCCCCUGUCCUGAUAACAAAAACUUGUUGACCAACACUACCUUAGACUCGAAACUCUUCAGCCUCACUCCGAAUUCUCAGAAUGCCACCCUCUUCUAUGGUUGCAUGCCUCCUAAGUCAAAUCCAGAUCCGCCCUAUGGCUUUCAUUGCUCAAUUAAGAAUUCAUAUUUGGCAUCAUCUGAGAGCGACAUUGGCUAUCUAGCAGUCGCCAGCUCACAAUCAGAGAAAGAACUCAGGAGUAACUGUAGUUUUGAGAUAUUUAUUCCGGUUCUGAAGACUGAAGCAGUAAAGAUUGCAAAUGGUGCAUCGAAUAUUGAUCAGCUAUUGCAAAAAGGAUUUGAAGUAAAAUGGUUAAUUGAUGAUGGAUUAUGUAACGAAUGUACAAAGGACAAGGGAAGAUGUGGAUACAAUCGAACAUUAAAGCAGCCUGUUUGUUUCUGUAAGGAAGGUGCCAAUGGUCCAAGUUGCAAUAGAACUCAUAAAAUUGAGGCAUAUGCUCCAUCAGGUGCUGGUCCGAUGGACUCUGGCCUACAAGAGUCACGUCCAAAAGAGUCAAGUUCGAUAGUGUCUAACAAGUCUACAAUCGGCUUAGUUGCAGGAAUUUUAGGAUUUGUACUUCUGAGCAGCACUGUGUGCUUAUUUUUAUAUCGCCGACAUCAGAAGAAGAAUUCCUCUGCUAAUUUGCUGACUCUCAAUAAGUCAUAUAGUCGUUCAUCAGCUGCAUCAAGUUUACAUAUACUAAACGGAAGCACUGUAUUCGGAGUCCAUGUUUUCAAUUACAGGGAACUCGAAGAAGCCACAGAGUACUUUAAUCCCUUAAAGGAACUUGGAGAGGGCGGAUUUGGCACGGUGUACUAUGGCAAGCUUCGGGAUGGACGUGAAGUGGCUAUCAAACGCCUGUACGAAAACAAUAGCAAAAGAGCUGAGCAGUUCCUAAAUGAGGUUGAAAUUCUUGCAAAUCUUCGCCACAAAAACCUGGUCAAUCUCUUUGGUUGCACUUCUCGUCAGAGUAGGGAACUGCUUCUUGUGUAUGAGUAUGUUCCAAAUGGUACUGUCGCAGAUCAUCUACAUGGGAAACAAAGCGUAAAGGGGCUACUGUCAUGGGAAAGAAGGCUAAGCAUCGCCACUGAAACAGCAAGUGCAUUGGUAUACCUGCAUGAUUCUGACAUUGUGCACCGUGAUGUCAAGACUCAAAACGUCCUUCUUGACGGUAAUUUCUCUGUCAAGGUAGCGGAUUUUGGGCUCUCCCGGCUUUUCCCCUUGGAUGUUACUCAUGUAUCGACAGCUCCUCAGGGGACCCCUGGCUAUGUAGACCCUGAAUAUCAUCAGUGUUACCAGCUGACCGAGAAAAGUGAUGUUUAUAGUUUCGGAGUCAUGUUAGCUGAGCUUAUAUCUUCUUUACCUGCUGUUGACAUCACAAGGAGGAGAAAUGAGAUUAACUUGUCUAAUAUGGCAGUUGCUAAGAUCCAAAAUUCCUUGCAUGAAUUUGUUGAUCCUUCUCUUGGGUUUCAGUCUGAUACUCGAGCUAAGAAGGAAAUAACUGCUGUAGCAGAACUGGCAUUUCAGUGCUUGCAGGGUACGAAAGAAAUGAGGCCGUCAAUGAAUGAAGUGCUGAAAGUAUUACUAAACAUACAAAAUCAAAAAGAAAGUGAAUUGGACAGGGCGGAAGUUGUAGACAUUCCUGAUGAUGAUGUUAUAAUGUUGAAGGGUGAUAUGUCGCCCAUUUCACCACCAAGGGAGGAUAGUUUGGUUACGCGGUAUAAAGUUAAUGCUAGUGUUUGAUCUUCAAUUCUUUGUUACAAAUUUUCACUGGAGUAAUAAAUUUAUGGUACUUAUUCAAAGCAGGAGAAAGAAAAAAGUGUUUAGUACCAAUCAAAAGAUAUGAUUGUAUAGAAUUAUAUACGGUAUACUAGCUAAUUGUAACUUCAACUAGAGUUUGUUUGAUGCUUAAGACAAUUAUGACUACAAAGUUGUAAGAUGAGUUUCAAUCAGAAGUUUAACUACAUGACUAGAAAUAACUUUAUUCAAGGAUC